AUGAAGCUCCCUUUCAUACCGGGUCUGCUGUUGCUGCUCACCACCACCGAAGUGGUGGCAGCGUCAAGCUGGUGGAGCAAAGCUGUGUACAACAAAUGGCAUGAAACUGAACUGGAGCGAUGGCUCUCUGAUCAUGACAUCCCCUACCCCAAGCCGGCUGACCGCCGCGACCUGGAGAACCUGGUCAAGUCCAACUGGGACUCCAGGGUGCAGCAGCCGCUGGGCCAGGUCGCGGACUCGACAUCCGACCAGCUGCACAAUGCAAAGGAGUGGAUCUUUGACACCUGGUCCGACUCGCAGCUCAAGGCAUUCCUGGAUCGCCAUGGCAUUCCCGCUCCGCAGCCGCGCAAGCGAGACAAUCUGAUCAAGGCUGCGCGCGAGAACUACGAGGCGGUCGCGAAGAAAGCCGGCGAGACGGCCUCGUAUCCCGGCAACUGGAUCUAUGAGCAGUGGUCCGAGUCCGAUCUAAAGGAAUGGCUCGAUGAGCGCGGCUGGCCGGCGCCCCAGCCGACCACGCGCGACAAGCUCAUUGCCAGCGUGCGCCGCAAUGCCCGUCUGACAAGCUUGCAGGCGCGCGCGAUCGCCGCCUCGGCCGUGUCCUCCGCCGAAGCGGCUCAGUCGUCUCUGAGUGAGGCGCUGUUCAAUGCCUGGUCCGACUCCGAGCUGAAGAAGUUCUUGGAUGAGCACGGUGUCAAGGUGCCCCAGGGUUCGAAGCGCAAUGAGCUGAUUGCCCUGGCGCGGAAACAUCGCUCGUUGGUGCUUGAGAAGGCAUCCAAGGCCUCGACCGAGGCUGAGGAGAUCCUGGGCGCUGCUACCACCAGAGCUGGAAAUGAAUAUGCCCGUGCCACCGAUGACGCGAGACUCAAGGCUGAGGAUCAGUUCAACAACGCCAUCCAGACCUGGUCCGAUUCUCGCCUCAAAGCGUUCCUCGACGCACGAGGCGUCCCCGUUCCCCAGUACGGCAAACGUGAUGAGCUUAUCGCAAAGGUCCGCUCCCACGCACACCGGGCUGCCGGCGGGUGGAAUGAGUAUAACUUUGAUACUUGGGACAAGGAGCACUUGCUGAAAUAUCUGUCUGCCAUGAACCACAAGGCCGCCAAAAAGACCGAUGCUUCUCGCGAGGAACUGAUCAAGAACGCCAAGGACUCCUACCACAAGGCAUCCAAGGCAGGCGGCGAGGCCUGGGCAUCUGCCACUUCCAAUAUGGCCGUUGCAACGGACGCCGCCAAGGAUGCCUCCUUCGAUACAUGGUCCCACUCCGAUCUUAAGGCCUACCUGGAUUCGUACGGCAUCCCCGUGUACCAGGGCUCGAGCAUCAACGAACUCCGCGCGGCUGCCCGGCGCCACGCGCAGUACUUCAAGUACGGCACCACCACCCCGACGAAUACCAUCUACGCCAAGUUCAUGGAAACCGUGAACUGGGCUCUGGAUCAGCUGAAGCUCGGUGCGUCCAGCGGCCGGGCCCAGGGCCAGGAAGCUGCUGAGAAUCUCCGAGAGAAGGUGGCUGGUGCAACGCAAAGGGUGCAUGGGGAGCUGUAG